GAACUUUCGAACUGAUUGGAACUUCUUCUUAUACUAUUUUGGAUACUUUGCAUUUUACCUAUUCAGUAUUGCUGGAUCAACUUUUGAUUUUCGAACUCGCAAGAAAUUACUUUUGUAUUGCUGAAUAGCACAUCAUUUUUACCUUUCAGGUUGAUCAAUCGGUCCGAUCGACUUUGUACAGAUUUACUUACGGGGAACAAUAUACAUACCCUACCCACUCGUUACAUCAGAGCCUUCAUAAACAUCACAUCGAGCCACGAUGUAUAUUCCACGCCUUUCCUCCGCCCUCAAUACCCCAUCCCUCACCAUCCGCGCAGAAUCUCCCCCUACUUCCAUCUCUAGCAAAGGAUUCUGGCAGGUGCAAUUUAACUUCUGGGGGACCAUCCUCGCAUUCGUCGUCGCCAUCGCCAUUAUCACUGGACUUUUAACAUGGUGUUUAGUAUGUCGCGGCAAGCGGAUACAGAAAAGACUCGCCAAGGCCAAAGAAAAGGAACGUGAAGAGGAAGAGAGGGCCAAGAAUGAAAUGAUGGGAAAGGUUUUGGGAGGCGGCGCAAAUGGGGUUGCGAGAAGCGGAAGUAAACUGGGCGUGGGAAGAAAUGGGACGGUGAGGAAGAGUGAGAUUAGCAGGCCGUUCCCGGCGAGGACAGAGAGUUCGGGGAGCGUGGAUUCAAUGGAUGAGAAGAGGGAGUUAGAGAUGGAGUAUGAGAGGCAGAAUCAGAGGGAUAAUCACUGGUCUGAGAAACAGGAAUGGAAAGGGGAGACCGUGGGGACGGAGAGUCCAGUUCCGUCGUAUCAUUCGAGGAAUAGAGACGGGGAUGAUGAGAAGAGCGAGUGGAGGGCGGAAAGUCUGAGAGGGGGUGAUGCCAUUGGAAGUGGAAAUGCAAAUUCGACAAAUCUGCAUGGAAACGGAAAUGGAGAAAAUGAAUGGCAUAGAAUUGAGGUUAACGGAACGGUGUAUAUGGGCAGAGAAAGAGGUGAUUCGGCGUAUCUGGAAGAUAAGGAGAUCAAAUUUGUGUAGGAUUGAGUGCGUUAUUCAUUGCAGGGUACUUGGAGUCAGAUUGGACAAUUCACUGGAUGAUUCAUACAUACUGACGAGGUGUCAUGUGCACUGAAUUGAGCUAUCCCUCAUUUCUGUAUGGAAUUUUGAAGUCUCGAUGGAGAGUUUGAUAGUCUGGUGCGGAAGGAAAGGAAGGAAAUGGGAAUGGGAAUGGGAACGCAGGAAAUGAUACCAUAGGAAUACGUUUGGAAUUUGAUAGCGGAAAUAGAAUAGCUAGCUAGCUUGAUAGUUAAGCCAGAGUGAUGGUGCGAUGCACACAUCCUUACUUACAACUACACAUCUACACAUACAUACACAUAUUAAUUUCUAAUCAUACAACA